AUGGGGACAGCGUUGGACGCGCUGUCAGCCCCGCCGUUGAACAUUCGUCGUCCUGCGGCCCCGACAUUGCCCAGCUUCGAGCUCCCACCACCACCCUUCACCUUGGGUGCCGCAGCACCCAAAUACGCUGGACAUCCCCCAGUCUCACACGCGCCAGUCAAUGUGAGCGUGGGGAACCUUCUAACGCCACCCGCCACGAUUCAAACAGGGGACCACGCCACACCCCAGCCAUUGGCGCCCUCAACAGGCGCGUCUUCAGAGCUACCGCCGGCAUAUUGGUCAGGGGCCAAUCCAUACGGACAGUCCUGGGCCCCCGGCAUAAACCAAUACUCCCGAAGCUCCUUCUCACCAUCCGGUAUGCAGCGCUCGGUAAUAUCACCGCCGACAACAGAUGGCCUGCCACAUCCAUAUGAAGGCCCGACAUUAUCUUACCAACCUCUCCCCGCCCCGUCAACAAUGCCUCCCUCUGCCUCACAACCCGCCAUGGCCAUGUAUCACGGCCACGCUACAUCCCCCGCCCCACUGCCAUCAAACGAUCCAUAUGCCCCCAAACAGCAUAUGUAUGCCGCUUCUCCCCCAAUGCACAGUCCCCACCAGGCCGGCUUCUCUCCCAUGUAUGGCCCCGCCGGCCUGGGCAUCCAUCCCCCAGGAAGAAUGCCCGUUCACAGUCCCGGCGGACAACCACCACUGGGAUAUCCCCGCCAGCCAUGGCCGUCAUAUUCUCUCCCUGCGAUGAACGGUCCCGUCAUGACCAACGUGCACAGCCCCGGCGGGCCCAUGUCGAUGAUGGGAAUGCAAUCCGGUCUUCUACCGGGAUUCAACAGUGGACAUGUCGCCAGUUCUCAACAUCUAUAUGGAGGCCAUCCACCCCCGCACGGUAUGUCCGCUCCCGCAGCAGACAGACCUUUCAAAUGCGACCAGUGUCCGCAGAGUUUCAACCGAAAUCAUGAUCUCAAGCGCCAUAAGCGCAUUCAUCUGGCCGUGAAGCCUUUCCCCUGCUCGCACUGUGACAAGAGCUUCUCGCGCAAGGAUGCUCUUAAGCGACAUAUCCUUGUGAAAGGAUGCGGAAAGGACGGCGACUCGGACGCGAACAGUAACCAAACCGGGACUGAUAUCAAGGGUGAAGGGCGCAGCGAAGACGGCAGUCCCCUUCUCAAUGGACGUUGA